AUGGUGGCUAAUAGUAGUCAUAACAGCAUGAAAGGUCUGCAACUUUUUAUAGCAGACCUGAGGGGAUCAUUACAUGCUGAGGAUCGGGAAAAGAGGAUUAUGUCAGAAAUGGUAAGCAUUCGGAAACAGUUCGGUGCGAAUAAUAACACCGGCAAUAUCAAUGGACAUUCUUCCAGUACCGCGUCCCUUAGUGGAUAUCAGCGUAAGAAAUAUAUUGCAAAGUUGGCUUAUAUUUUCAUUGUCACCAAUACGACCCGAAUUUCGGAUGUGAUGUUUGGUUUAGACCAAUGCUGUGAACUCAUGGCAUCUGUUGUAUAUUCAGAGAAGUUCAUUGCAUAUAUGACGCUCGAGCUGCUUUACAAUAAUCCGAGUGUCAUCCAGCAAAUAGGAGACCGUGUUGUUCAACAACUUAAGAUCGACCUGGCAUCUACCUCAGACAAUAUGGUUUCUCUAGCAUUGAAUUUCCUCGGAGUUACGGGAAAAUGCGACUCUAACUUGACUCGCGAACUGAUACACGAGGUUUUUCAAGUGCUCCGAUCACCAACAUCCGCUCAAAUCUUGAAGAAAAAGUCAGCCUUGGCAUUUCUAGCGUUAUUGCGCAAUGAUUCCAGUAUAUUGACGCAGGAUGCCAGACGCAAACAGCUUUGGAUCCAACGCAUAAUGAGUCUUUUAGAUGAUACAACGAACUAUAGGUUAAUGAUCUCGGUUCUACCUUUGAUUGAAUACAUUGCGCGCGAAGUGGACGGACAAGCUUGUGUAAAAAUCAUUCCUCAGUUAUCGGAUAUACUCUUCAAUUGUAUCUCUGCCGGAAUUAAAGAUGACGGAACGGAUCACUACGAUGACUCUAAUUAUAACAACAUUCCAAACCCAUGGAUCGUCACAAAAGUUAUCUCAAUUCUAAAUAUUCUGAUCAGCUCACCUUCAAGUUCAGCUGGUGAAAUCACAUUCAGUAACAUUGACCAAGGAACUCUGGGCAAACUCCGGACUUGUGUAACCAAAGCUAUCGAGAUUGGGACGCGGCCGGCUGUCGAUGUUCUCAUGCGAACGGUACAAAACACAAUAUUGUUCUCACUUAUCAAUUUUGCUUCCAAAUUGGACCCAUCUGCUGAUGCCAUAGUAAGCUCGGUUAAUGCUCUCUGCUCUUUAUUGACUUCCAGUGAGACUAACACACGAUACCUUACUUUGGAUUGUUUGAUUAAGUUGUGCUCCGUGAGCGGGAAAAACGCACGGGAUGAAGUACGCACCCAUCACAUGGACCAGUUGUUUCACCUCCUGCUUAUGGAACGCGACACAUCCAUUGUACGGAAAGUAGUUGAUCUGCUUUAUGCUUUGACUGAUGCUAGCAAUGUACAGUCGAUUGUAAAUGCCUUGUUAAAAUAUAUGACAGACUCAAAACAAACGCACCAUCAUAUUCGGUCUGAUAUCGCUGUUAAGGUGGCUUUUUUGACUGAAAAUUUUGCCACGGAUAGUAGGUGGUAUGUUGGUGUCCUGCUAAAUUUAUUGUCCUUUUCGAACGCCUCAUUCAAUAGCAACGAUAUCUGGCAGAGACUUUGUCAGAUAGUGGUAAACAAUGAAAGUCUUCACCAACUAACAUGCGAGUAUCUUCUGGAUUAUUUGGCGAAGCCCAACAUUUCGGAAGCUAUUGUGAAAGCUGGUGCGUUUCUUCUUGGGGAGUAUGUGGAAUUGGUAAUUACGCAAACCUCGUGCGGGGAACUGUUUAACUUGUUCACCGAAAAGUAUUUUUCUGUUUCUAACUUAUGUCGAGCCAUGAUUUUGACCACAAUGAUGAAGUUGUAUAAGCGAGACUCCCAAAUUGGAUCGGCCGUUAUUAAGUUCUUCCAACUAGAGUUGAAUUCCCUAGAUGUAGAGUUGCAGACCAGAUCUUAUGAAUAUCUGAAGAUAAUCCAGCUUGAGAAAGUUAGUGGUGCUAGGUUGAUGGAUGUCCUUUUUCAGCCAAUGGUACCUUUUACUGGUAAGAGAAAUCCUCUUCUCAACCGAUUGGGAAGUGCAGCAUUGAGUACGUCUAACUUAACCAGUACUUUGUCCAACGAAAACAGUAGUUCUACAGCACCAACUCCCCCUCCAACUCGAAAAGUGAAGCAGUCAUCACAAAAUGUGCUUUAUGAAAACCAGCGAUUGUCUACUGACUGGAAAGAUGGAUUCAGAAGAAUGCUCAAACAUAAACAAGGUGUCUUCUAUUCAACGCCUUUUCUGAAAAUUUUCUAUCGUCUUUCCGUUUCACCUUCCCAUCCCGAGCUUCUUGAAGUGGCUCUCACGUACGUUAAUAUUUCUGACUGGCCGAUAACUUCUCUGCUAACCGAACUUAUUUCUUACAAGACUGACAACGACCCAUCCUAUAUCGUAAACGUUAUCAAUGUUCCAACCACGAGCAUUUCAGUAGGUGAGCGUGCCACACACAAGCUAGAAAUCUUGACCCGACGCGGCAGUCCUAUCGAUCAGAGCCCUAUUUUGAAUGUGAACUUCAAAUGUGGAGGCAACGUUAGUAGUGUGUCAUUGAAAAUAACAGCUGCCAUCACCAGCACGAUUUAUUCAGCGCGGUCAGAAGAAAAAUCAGGUGUAUCCUUGUCACAAUUUGUACAACGUUGGAGGGCUCUCGGCGAUGCAUUGGGUAAAGACGGCGAAUUUCAUAGAACUGCAGUUAUUGUCGCUCAAGAUACACUCAGUCAUAUUAAGAGUUCUAUCGACAAAAUGUCGUUUGAUAUUGUAGAGCAAACAACGGUCGAAAAUACAAUCUUUGCAGCCGGGAUAGUCCACACCAAGAUUGGCGGGAGUUCGGGUUGUCUUAUGAAGCUCCGGUGUCUUGAAAAUGAGGUGGACUUAACAUGUAAAACGACACAAGGAAGUUACUUGGCCGAGUUGAUCAUUCAAUGUGUAUGUGAGGCCACCAUAUGA